AUGUGGUCCGCAUUGUUUGCUCCACCACAAACUCGACGACCUGUACCCGCCGCUGCACCAGAGGAGCCAAUCGUGCAACCACCAAUCGUGCAACCACCAAUCGUGCAAACAAUACUCGUGCCAUCAGUCGCCGAGAAACCAGCCCGGGAAGAAAUAACAGCCGAGCCACCAAAAUCUCCAGGAAAAUAUAUUCCCCCGCAAAGGAGACACCUGGAUCAGCCUCCGGUCCAGUACCCUUCCACCGAUACCAUGUUGUUUGUAGCCGGUUUCACCAGGAAUAGCGAUGACGCGACGAAUGAGAGACACGUUCGCAUAAUCUUCCGUGGGUUCGAGAUUGUUGAAGUAGGGCGACGGAUGCGUAGAGGAGCAUCCACUUGGCGGACUCCCAGAUUUUAUUGCUGCGUGACAUUUUCGACGGCUGCCGAGGCGAAGCUGGCAAGACGGGCUCUGAAUCAUAGACGGCGCCUGGGAUUUGUUAUAAGCGUGGCACCUUGGAGGGAAUCAGACCCAGGGAAGCACAUGAAUCGGCAGUCGGAGUGGCCAGUACUCGUUCAAUCUUAA